AUGCAGUCUUCUACGGGAAAUGUUUGGCCACCCAAUAAUUGUACGCCACUGUGCCCCAGGUCAGCAGGAUGCUCAUACUCUGGCAAGCAUCAUGAGUUGAUCUUAUCACUUUUCAAAUGUUCAAAUCAGGGCAAUGACAUUGAAAAAUCUGACUUCAAAAACAUUCUAGAUAAGUUUAUUAAAACAAGGUGGAUUCGUGAUGGUUGCAUCCCCGAUAAAAAUGAUCAACUCCAAUUUCCAUUAAUACACUGGGCGUGCAUUUUUGGACAAUACAAACACCUGGAGUAUCUCGUUCGUGAAAAAGGCUUUGAGCUCAAGGUAAACGUCGGAAGGAACAAGGAGGGGCCACUGUUUUCUAUGGUUCAGCAUCUAAGUAGUGGUAUGCAUCCCAAGAGCUCCAGAGAAAAGCUCGGAAAUAUGUUUGGAAAUGUUAUAGAUAUCUUCAUGAAGUACAGCCCAGAAAGCUUGUUUGAGAGAGAAUCAAGUAACGACAAUACCAUAUUGCAUUUCUGUGCCAAACGGUGUUGUGAAGAUUCGCUUUCUAGAAAAUAUUUGGAAGUUCUCUUGGUAAAGAUCAAGGAGAGUGAGAAGUUUCCACCUGAGAAAGAAGAAGAAAUAUUGUUAGCGGUAAACAAGGAAGGCGAUACUUUCCUUCAUCUUAUGGUAUCGGAUGAAAUGUCCACUGACACACUGACAUACUUUUUUGCAAAUUUCAGCGAAUUUGGUGAGAAGAUUUCUAAAGUCAGAAACAGUCUUGGUGAGACACCUCGGCAGAUUGCUGUACAGAAAAGGUCUAUAAAAAUGCUCAAGGCUCUUGGAGCACCGGAUUUGGUCAUGAACACUUUAAAAAAGGCUGUCUCCAAUAAACCAAAGAACUCUCUUGCCGCAGGUAAGGCUUCCCAACAAAACAAUAAGGAAACUCCAAUAACGGUGUCUAAACCCUCCUCGAGUUUAAAUGCCACAUCUAGCGACAAGGAGAAUCGAAACUCUAAAGCAGCUCCCAAUCAUUUGGGUUCAGUUGUUAAAGGUGCAUUAGGUGUGUCAUGUGCAGAACAACCUGAAGUGCCAAUCAUCAGUGAUAGAGAGUUACACGCAGCAGAUUUCAAAAUGAGUUCAUGUGAACCUCUGCCAUCUUCUGUGGAGAACGAUUGUAGUGCGCCAACCAAAAGACCACUCGAGCCAUUUCCUCAGCUUUAUCAUGUUUCAAAUGAAAAGAAUAUAACACCAGAAAAGCCUUCUGUUGUUCCUAAGUACAUCGUGUCAACCCCUGCCGAUUCGAUGGAUCUGGUUAAUGCUGUAACUGUUGAUGAUUUGUCUCGUGCAUCUGGUGCACUGGAAGCUGAUCCCACUCGUGGCGAGCGCAACUCUUUUGUCAGUCUUUCAAAUAGCAUUAAUAAUGUCACUCAAAAGAGGAAAGCUCCAGGAUCCAGCAGGGCUAAGGGUCCUAGAAAGAAGAGAGUGUGUACUGAUUUGUCGUCAGAUUCAGACAGCGAUUACAAAGAGGAUGCAGACUGGGUAGCCCCUGACGAUGACUCAGAUGAUAACCUUGAAUCUGCUGGGCAAGAAGACGAAGAAGAGGAUGAAGAAGAUAUGGUGGUUGAAAUCAAUAAAGAUGAUGACCUUAAACAAGGAGAAAAGGAAGGAAAGAAUCUAGUGGAAACUGAUGUAGAUUUGGAGGAAGCAGGUAAGUGAUAUCGAUAUGUUCGUUCCUCUUUUUAUGCCUUUGUUCUUUGUUUCUUUGUUUUGUUUUUUUUUUUACUUUCGCCGUGUUUUUUCACGUUGUGUACGUGAAGCACAAGAAAGGAGUAGUACGGCGACGCGAGGUGAACAUUGAUAUUCCUAUUAAGAGUCGCGUCGAUACCUGAGGUUUUUUGCUGUUGUUGUUUACUUCAAAAUUGUAUUCUCCUUUCGUUUUCCUUCCGCCCUGGAUUCUACUGUUGCUCCCCAAAUGUUAUGAUAUACAGGGCUUCUGAUACUUUGUUUAGGGAAAGAUAUCAAUUCCUUCGUGUAAAGCUACCGAAUACAGGGCGAGGCCACUCGCUUUAUCCCCUCAACCAUCGCUUAAAUGAAAACGAGCGAGAAUUUGUGCGGUAUUGCUCAAUACAUUUUAGACUGUAAUUAUGCUUACAAUGAAAACAGGACCUACCAGAGAAACAAUGAGGAAAAUUGCACUUCGAGUGAUUUGUAAAUUUACUGGAAAAGCAAAGAAGCAACGUUCUUACCACAAAGUCUUAUUGUAAGCAAGUUUCUCGAAGCUGAUUUGCGUAAAAAAUCAUUUGGGUUUUUUUAUUGUUCUGUUAUUGACUUAGCAGUAGAUAAGAUGCCAGUUUCUUGGAAGAUAAUAAAGUUCUUAUUAGUCCGCCGAAGGGUGUUCCACCUAUUCAGUUAAUAAAACGGAGCACGUUUGGGUCAAGUCUUGAAUAUUGCUCCAUAUUUACAUUUAUUUUUGUUGAUACAGGACUAAAGCAUACGCCGUUUUGCGGGAAGAACUGUAAUGUACAACACGAUAGGCUCCUUUUGGGUCUCUUGAAAUCCUCCAAUUACCGUUCCGUCGACUCCUUCAUUAAACAAGUCAAAGAGUACGUUAAUCAACUGGGAAAGUUUUCAGACGUUCGCGCCAAUGCUGACCUACCCGACCCGGUUGAUUCCUUCAAGUACCCCUUGGUGCACUGGGUCUGUGUAUUGGGCAAAUUCAAAGUGUUAGAGAAACUAGCCGCCAUGAAAGAAUUUGAUUUGGGUGUUAAAUCUGCACGCACCGGAGAAACAGGAUUGCAUCGAAUGCUUUUCUCUCUUCAUCAAGCCUUAAUUCGAAAGAAAAGCCCUAGCAAGGCAAUACUAAAAGUGUUUUCCAAGACGUUGAGAAUAUUAACCGACAGUCUGCCUAGUAUAAUAACUGUUUGUAACAAAGAGGGAGACUCGCCGUUUCACUGCUUGGCAAAGGUGAUACUCGAUAGUACGGGAGACCUGGAGAGAAUGAACACCUUCGAAGGUUAUUUUGAACAUUUAGUGAAAGAGUUAAACCAUUUGAGGAGAUCUGACAGGCUGACGUCAGAGGAUGUGCGAGACCUUCUUUUGAAAACUAACGGUAGUCGAGAAAACUUCUUGCAUAUUUUAGCCUGUCGACACGGAGUUGGUCAUCGUGUUAUAAAGAACCUACUGCGGAACAUCGAACCAGACAUUAUGGCCACCCUCCAGGCGACAGUAAAUGCAGAUGGCAAAACUCCUUCGGAUCUCGCCGAGGAUCUUUGCUCCUACGAAAUGGCGGAAAUUCUUCGCCCACGCAACCAGGAGACUUCCGCCAAAGAGGCCUGCGAUAACCCUGUAGAGGAGUCACCACCGACUCCUGAGAGAAAUGCCCCACCAGAAUUAUCAGCCAUGAACUCGCCACCAGCCACCCUUUUCCAUCCUAUGGAGAGCUCUUUGAGCACUGGUGUUCAAGUUCUAGUCAAGGAGGAGCCCCCAGAAGACGGUUUUUCGGCGGAACCUUCAAGAGAAAGCCCCGAUGAAGUUAACGACUCUUCUGGUUUUUCUGAAGUGCUGGCUGAUGUCCCAUCUCUCACUGCUACCAAAUUUGUACCUGGAAAAGUAAAGAGUAUGAUCCCUGCUUUGUCUCCGCCCGCGAUACAAGAUGUGGAUACUAGGGCUUCCUCGUCAGUCAAUGGUAGAACGGAAAACAAUAUAACAUUGGCUUCCGACCCCGACGCAAACAAUGUGUCCAAGAACAGGAACAUGGAUUCUUCUAUUUUGUCUGUAAUCAUGAGGAUGCCGGGCCUCGUGAAGUCUUUGCGCGACUCUGUGCAAACGAAGUUGACCCAGUCACAAAGAGAAUUAGCUGAUAAUAAAAACGCUUUGGCUCAAGUGCAGCGGCGAAAAAGCGAUUUAGAGGAACGUAAACGAAAGUUGUUGGAAGAACUCCAGAAGAACUGGAGAGAAGUCUCUGCUGCUGCUCAAGAGGAAGGCGCGUUGCAUGCCGGAAUUGCUGCGAGGAAAAAAGAAAUCGAGGCAUUCAAAGUCGAAUUGAAGAAGUACGACUCUAAUAGACAGUGAUGUAAAUAAGUGGAAUGAGAAUCUGUUUCUUUUUUACACGAGGAAGCUUUUAUCCUGGGUAGGGAAGAAAAGUUUCUGAGGUCUCUAAGAUGUAUGAGCGGGGAAAUUGGGAUUGGGAUUAACUGGAGUUUUAAGAUUUUAACCUCGGUAUUUGUCCGCUCGACGAAUAGCAAUUUUCCUCCGUUGUGGCUGUGCACCAAUUGCUAGUCAAGUGAUGUAGGAAAGACUCAUACCAUAGAACAUCAAAAGAGCCACUUGAAAUGUAAAAUCGAAGAGAUCAGGUUCGGAUGAUUUUGGUAAUUUUUGGCUACUUUUAAGAUUGUGAUAUUUGGACUUAAGAUUGAAAAAACAACGUUUUUAUGGGCACGUAACAAAAAAGGAAAUUUUUAAGAAUUGUAAAGGACACUUUAAAGAAGAUAAACUUAACAUGGAG